GCAGAGCGGUGCGGGGUUACAGCGGCCCAGCAUGGGCGGGGCGCUUGCAGAUCCCUCCCCGCGCAGGUGCUCGCCCCGCCCCCGGGGCCGUGCCCACAGUCCCGGCUGCCCUGGAGAAUCCUGAAUUGAGAACCCUUUCUGCAGUGUCCCGGCAGUGCGGGACUCCGGUGGCCGCCCCUCCGGUAGCCACCCCUCCUGCCCCUGCGCCGCCGCCCUAUAUGUUGCCCGCCGCGGCCUCUGGGGCAUGGAGCACGCUGCCCAGCCCUGGCGAUGGCAACGGCGACUGGGGUGGCGGAGGAGCGCCUGCUGGCCGCGCUCACCUACCUGCAGUGCGCCGCGGGCUGCGCGGUCUUCGCGCGGAAUCGUCAGACGAACUCGGUGUACGGCCGCCACGCGCCGCCCAGCCACAGGCUCCGAGUGCCGGCGCGGGCCGCCUGGGUGGUGCAGGAGCUGCCCUCGCUGGUCCUGCCGCUCUACCAGUACGCCAGCGAGUCCGCCCCGCGCCUCCGCAGCGCGCCCAACUGCAUCCUCCUGGCCAUGUUCCUCGUCCACUACGGGCAUCGGUGCUUAAUUUACCCAUUUCUGAUGCGAGGAGGAAAGCCUAUGCCACUGCUGGCGUGUGCAAUGGCGAUUAUGUUCUGUACCUGUAACGGCUACUUGCAAAGCAGAUACUUGAGCCAUUGUGCAGUGUACGCUGAUGACUGGGUAACAGAUCCCCGUUUUCUAAUAGGUUUUGGCUUGUGGUUAACGGGCAUGUUGAUAAACAUCCAUUCAGAUCAUAUCCUAAGGAAUCUCAGAAAACCAGGAGACACUGGAUACAAAAUACCGAGGGGAGGCUUAUUUGAAUACGUAACUGCAGCCAACUAUUUCGGAGAAAUCAUGGAGUGGUGUGGCUAUGCCCUGGCCAGCUGGUCUGUCCAAGGCGCGGCUUUUGCUUUCUUCACGUUUUGUUUUUUAGCUGGUAGAGCAAAAGAGCAUCAUGAAGUUGUGGUCUCACUAUAUUGCCCAAGCUGGUCUUGAACUCCUGGACUCAAGUAAUCCUCUCACCUCAGCCUCCUGAAGUGCUAGGAUUCGAGGCGUGAGCCAACGUGGCUGGCCUCUUUGUCUCAUAUUUGAAGAAGUGAUAGCAUAAAUGUGAGAGCUGAUGAGAGCUCUAAGAGCAGCGCCCUGCAUUCUUCGAGACACUCCAUCGUGCCAGUGGCCUGGUAUUUUCACGCAUAGACAGUGAGGAGAGAGCGAGAUCAGAGAGCCACGACCUACCUAAAUCCCAGAGCUGCUGAGAAAAACAGAGGGGUCUGCGGAAAGUUGAGUGAGUGCCAAAGGCAGAGAGGGUUUGAGAAGGAGGCUCAAUGCCAGGCAUGGCAGAAAACACUAUGGGCCAGGAAUGGGCCUUCUGUGCUGGGAACUGUGUCUGCCAAAAGGUCAUAUGAGAGUCCUAAGCCCUGGUACCUGUGAAAGCGACCUCACUGGGGGACGUAAUCAGUUGAGAUGAGAAGGGGAAACAUGGAUAGACAUACACCAGGUGAUCACACAGAGUGCGAAGGCCGUGGGAAGAUGGACACAGAGGCGGGGGCGAUGCAGCCAUGAGCCCAGGAACACGUGGUGCCACCAGAGCUGGGGGAGAUGGGACUGGAACCUUCCCUGAAACUUCAGAGGGAGCGUAGCCCUGCUGCCACCUUGAUUUCCAACUUCUGGCCUCCAGAACUGGGAGAGAAUCAAUGGCCAUUAUUAUAAGCCACCCAGUGUGUGGUUAACUUUGUUCUAGCAGCCACAGGGAACUGAUACGCCAGCCUUCCAGCCAUUUAAAAUUGACUGGGAAAGUAAGGGCAGGAGUAUGAUUGGUGAACCCCUCUGUUUUCUCCUCCGCCAGAUGACUUUGUUAUCAUAAGAUUGGUUGAAAUACAACAUUAUCUCUCUAAAUAUACAUUCUAGAAUCUGACUUCCUCCCCUCUGCCCCCGCUGCUCCCAGCACUGCACCCGGCCUGGGCCACACUUCCCGGUGAAGAUGCCAUCCUUUUACAUUCCUAAUAUUUGAUGUGAAGAAGCGAGUAAUGGCUCAUUUCUCAUUAAAAAAAAUGAGAUAACACUGACGUUUAAAAAAACAUGGAUCAGAGUAAGAUUGAACACGGGCACACCAUGUCGGUGGCAAAGAUGUUUUCUCAAAUGAAAUCAGGAAACAGGAAAGCCCCUCUCGGUAUUUGAAUAUGAAACAUAUAGAAAUGGAAAAUAAAUAAUUCAGUUAUCUAAAUGAAAGUCUUUGCUAAUGAAAACCCAAAGAUAUUCUUUGCAGAAGAAUUCAUGAGUUGAAAGAGCUCUUUGUGAUUCAUUUGCUGUUUAAAUUGGUGUCAGUGUGAAACCAGUUUUAAGCCCUGAAGAAUUAAUAAUUCAGUUUUGCAGAAGUAUGUUCAGAAAUGUAGGACUUACAAGCUGAGAAUAAAAUAAAAACUCCUUUUUAAAAAAUAUUUUCAUAAACCCAACUAAUUAAGCCAUCAAAUAAAUGUAUUCCAAAAGAAAACAUGCCGAGGAUCUAUUCCUUGCACUCUGAUGGAUUAUAAUGUUCUUUUUUUUUUUUUUUUGAGAUGGAGUCUCGCUCUGUCGCCCAGGCUGGAGUGCAGUGGCGUGAUCUUGGCUCACUGCAAGCUCCGCCUCCCAGGUUCACGCCAUUCUCCUGCUUCAGCCUCCUGAGUAGCUGGGACUACAGGUGCCUGCCACCAUGCCUGGCUAAUUUUUUUGUAUUUUUAGUAGAGACGGGGUUUCACCAUGUUAGCCAGGAUGGUCUUGAUCUCCUGACCUCGUGAUCUGCCCGCCUCGGCCUCCCAAAGUGCUGGGAUUACAGGCAUGAGCCGCUGUGCCCGGCCGGAUUAUAACGUUCUAAAAACAAAAUUGUAUUCCAUGAAAUCUUUCUAUAAUAAUUAGUCUUUAAAUUCAUAAAUGAUUGCAUUGAUAGUUAAACUCUAGGUCAGAAACAGUCAAUUGUGCUUGGUUGCUAACAAAUAUUCUCUUUAAGGGCAAAAUUUAAAGGUAUUCUAAGCAGUAAGAAAAAUUUAAUCAUUUAACAAUAAAUAUUUUAUUUCUAUAUAAUGGUUUCUGUGAAAUACAUUUAACCUCUUCAGCCAACAUCCCUUCAUUGUGUGAGAACACCCUGACCUCACACAUGUUCUUUCUGAUGUCACGGAGCCCAGCCUUGCUGCCCGGCCUCGUGGCUGGGGGGCGUGUUUUCGUGGCGUCCUGCGGCAGUCCUGUGUUUCCCGUCUCCCGCCUGCCCUCUCGUGUUUGCCCAUUUCAGGAUCUCCUGCUGUCAUGUACUCUGCCCUUGCCUUUUCGGGCCAGGGUGCCCAUCUUCCCACGGGCAGUUUCUGGGAGAGAGGAGCUCACCCGCUAUGUCCCUGUGCGGCACCCAGUGCCGCUGGCCCAUGGGGAAACUCUUCAGCACUUGCAAGUGGCGGAUGGCCUGGAUCCCAGCAGGCCUGUGAAAACCUUCAGCCUCUAACCGGCGAACAUGUUUGCAGUGCACUUUCGCAGGUUUGAUACCGACUGUUAGGCUUGGCCACGUUGUGUGUUGGGUACUCGUGGGUCCAUGCGUCACCACUGAGCCACACAGCUGGAAAGGCUGCAGUCUCGAGGCCUCAUGCCAAGGGAAGUGACACUUGACCUGGAAGUCCUGACCGACUCCUUAGAAUUGUUCUUAUUACAUGCCUUUUUGGGGACACAGAACAUACAAAAGUAAACGUGGCCGCCCAGUAUGUUCAAAUGCUCUAUUUGUGGAUUCCGGUGUUAAACUUAACUAAGACCAGCAGAGUUUUGCCAACUCCCUCUCAGUUUCUCAUCCUCAUAUGCUUCUACCACAUUAACAAAGAGCUAAUUGCUUUCUAUGAUGAUUUUUAGUCUGUUGUUUAAUCUUUCUGUGUGUGUUUAUAGAAACUCCCUUUUUAUGACUAUUUCUCCAUCUUGUCAAAUUAUUUCUAAUUUUUACUCCAUCCACUUAGUUGCCACCUUUCCCAACUGGCUAUUACCCCCACAACAAAUCAGCACGCCUUCAUUGAUACAAUUUGUAUCAAAACUGAAAAUAAUGUUUGUUUCGAGCACAAGAAUGAAUUGUGGACAAUGCCAUAUUGCAUUUCCCCAGAUUUCGCUGAAUCCUUACUAAGAGCUGUUCGUGAGCCUCCUGGUAUGCAGCUGGGUGCCCACUCCACACCCUGGGCUAGACCAGUAGUUCUCAACCGCAGGCUGGAGAAAACCGUGGAGUCACCAGCAGAUAUUCAGGAAGCACCUACUUCAGGUCCUGCCCCUCCUCCAGCCUGCCUGCUUUCCCCAGGGGCUGAAAAGACAGCUCCACAGUGUGCUCAUCAGUAUUUUCAUCAAAUGUCAGUAAUUUUCCUUCCAGAUAUAAAGGUGAAUUCUAUGGGCUACUUCUUCUGACUCACACUUUAUGAUUAGAUAUAUUUAAUUCUUCAUAACAGGCAAAAUUAAACUAUAAGUAUGAAAUGCCCAAGUUUUUGUUACUACAUUUAAAAAACUGAGUAUUCUUUUGUAAUGAAAAAUAUUGUCACUUUUGUUAGCAUCUGUUAAAUGUCUAAGUGACAGAAUUAUUUCCUUUUUUAAUUUUUUUUUCUUAGGUGGUACCUCCGGAAAUUUGAAGAGUAUCCAAAGUUCAGAAAAAUUAUAAUUCCAUUUUUAUUUUAAGUGCAUUUUCAAUGAAAUUAUCUUCAACUGGAAGCUUUCCAGUGGCGCUUCUCUAUGGACUUUGUAAAUAAGUUAUAUCUUUGUAAUUUUCCUGCUACUUCAUCAUUUUCAAGAUAUCCACUAGGAAUUUUUUUUCUAGUAAUUUUGCAAGCUACCUAAUAAGUACCUAAAUACACUGAUAUGGAGGUUGAAUAUCCUACCGUGUAACAGGUCAGAAUUUCAAGCUCUGGGUAAUAACUGCUGACAUUUUUUCUAAUUUCAAAUUUACCUCUUUUGGCUAUGUCUUAACAAGUGUGUAUAAGCCUAGACUUUACAACUGUCUUUGAUGGCAUUUUCAGAACAAUAAAUGUCACAAUCCCUUCUAUAGCCCCCUACAGUGAUCCCUUCAAGGUCAAUGGCAGUGUUGCUUCCCUCCCUCUGUAGGGCUGGGAUCUGUCUUGGAGCCCUCUCUGGGAGGCCACAGAGGCUGGGGGUUGCCAUUGUGCAGUCAUGACCCGGGGGAAACUUAACCUUCGUGUCGGGUGCUGUGUGUAAGUGGAGAACUUGGGGAUGGAGGAGGAAGCUCCUCGUGGCCCUUCCAAGGCGAGGCAAAAACAUCUGGAUUUGUUCCAGCCCAGCCCACCGGGUGACAUCACCAGGCAGGGAGGCGUGCUGGUGGUGGUUCAUAUGGAGUAAGCUGCUCUGCCUGUGCGAGAGGCUCCUGGGCCCUAAACAGGCAUCUUUAGGCCAUGGGUCACUCACCAUGAGCCAUCAAUAUGCUCUGGUCUGACAUGGUUUCUCUCUGUCUUCUAGUCUAGACCUAGUUUUUUGUUCUGUUCCCCACGUAUGGAUAUAGUAGAGAUUGUUGUCUGUGAAAUUUCUCCUUUGUAGAUUUGGAGUUUUCCCUUGUAGUGUAAAGAAUGAUCACUUUCUGUAACAAUAACAAGACCACUUGUUAAGAUUUAUCCUGUUUGUUCUUUGUUGAUUGAAACAUAGUAAUUAUACUGUUAAACUUCUCUACAGCCUUCUUUUUGUUCCAUAGCUAAUCUUCCUUCUAAUAGUUUUUGCUUUCUGUUUUGCUGUUGUUGCUUUGCAAAGCUUUCCCCUCAUAGCCUGUACCUGUUAUCAGUAUAAAAUAAUCUUCCUGUUGAAUGCUUCAUGACUUGAAUUCUACUUUGAUAAAAACAUUGCCAUACUGCUUUUUAUCUUGAUGAAUUCAUCUGGCAUUGCUUUGCCUUAUCAUCUCAUCUGGAGUUUUUAAAUGCCAUUUGUUUCAGUUGUCUUUAACAACAUAAUAAAUAGACUUUGCCAUUUAA